AUGGAGGAAGAUCCUGUUCUGCAACUCCGUGUCUUCAGUCUCAACUGCUGGGGCAUCCGCUACCUGAGCAAGCGUCGGCAGGAGCGCGUGCGGCUCAUCGGGGACACCCUGCGCCAGGAGCCCUUCGACCUGGUGCUGCUGCAGGAGGUGUGGAGCGAGCAGGACUACGGCCUCCUCCGGGAGAAGCUGGGAAGCUGCUGCCCCUUCUCGCACUACUUCAGGAGCGGGGUGAUCGGCAGCGGCCUCUGCGUCUUCUCCAAGUUCCCCAUCCUGGACACUUUCCUCCACCAGUACUCGCUGAAUGGCUACCCCUACAUGCUGCAGCAUGGAGACUGGUUCUGUGGCAAAUCCGUAGGGCUCAUUGUACUUAAGAUUGCCGGGAUCGUCUUCAACGUCUAUGUGACCCACCUGCACGCCGAGUACUGCCGGGACAAGGACGCCUACCUGCCGCACCGCCUCGUGCAGACCUGGGAGCUGGCACAGUUCAUCCCGGAGUGGCUGCGCGACGCCUUCGCCGAAGCCGAGCGCUUCGAGGGCUGCAAAGACGGCUGCACCCUCAUCCCGGACAACUGCUUCACUGACAAGACGGAGCUGCGGCCCUUCCCGCUGGGGAUCCGCAUCGACUACAUCCUCUACAAGGCCGUGUCCAACUUCACUGUGAAGUGCGAGGAGCUGCAGACCACCAUGGGGACAGCCCCGGGCCAGGCCAUCCCCUACUCGGACCACGAGGCCGUGAUGGCGACGCUGCGCGUGUGGAGGCAGGAGCGGCCCCCGGGAGCAGCCGCACCAGGUCCGGUGGAGCGGGCGCUGGCGCGCGGGUUGCGCUGCUGCCCGUUCCCCUGGCUUCAGCCUCCGGAGGUGGAGGCGCAGACCUCACCGGAGCCACCGCGGAGGCAUUUUUAG